GAGAGCGCAGAGGUGAGGGUGAGGAAGAAUGUGAAGAUGGAGAGACGGAAGGAGGGAGGGACGAAUAGUUGAAUGAGAGAAGAAUAGAGGAAGUGAAAUCUUGGUCAAUUGAGAAGAAAUGGCAGCUCAGAAGGUGGAGUGCCCCGUCUGUGGUAAGAGUUUCCCCAUUCAAGCUAUAAAUGUCCACGUAGACGGGUGUUUGAAGAUGAACGAGGUCGAUGAAGGAGGCACCCUUAUGAAACGAAAGCACCACGAGGAAGAUGUGUGUGGAAGAAGUGAUGAUGAUGAUGAUGAUGAUGAUGAUGACGAUUUUGUUGGUGAUGAUGACGAUGAUGAUGAUGAUGUUGUCGGUGGUGGUGGUGGUGUCGGUAGCAAGUCCUGGGGCAGUUUGAUUCCGUAUUCAAAGAAGUCAAAACUACAAGAAUCGCCAAAAUUAAGUAAGAAACAGGCUGCAAACACGAACAGCAACACAAGUCCUGGUUCUGUAUUUAAAAACAGAAAAAGCAAAACUUUUGCUCUAUUUAGUGAAGAUUCGUUUGACCACAAAGGCAGCAAGGGUUCGAAUCCCGGUAAGGACCGCAGCGAGGGCGCGCGGACGGUGGGUUCGACUGGUAACGAAAUGCCUUCGCUUACCCAAAGCACCAACAUCUCUAGUAAACAACAACAACCCAGUGAAAGUUCUUUAAUAGCCUUUAAUAUUCCUUUGGCUGAGACCCUUCGCCCUAAAACUAUGGAGAACUUCGUCGGGCAAACCAAGUCCCUUGGUGAAAAGUCAUUCAUACGAAAAAUCUUGUUAAAUUAUUCCUUACCUCCGUCUAUAAUAUUCUGGGGCCCGCCAGGAAGUGGAAAGACUACUCUUGCAAAACUGAUCGGCAACCAAUGUAAAGAGAACCACACCGCUAAACUCUUGAUGCUGUCUGCUACGAACUCUGGCGUUAACGAUGUCAAACAAGCAGCACAGAACGCCUUAACCAAUCAGAAGAUGUUCAAGAUGAAGACGAUACUUUUCAUUGAUGAAAUCCACCGUUUCAACAAAACACAGCAAGACUGCUUACUCCCGUAUGUUGAGAACGGAACAUUUAUUUUGCUGGGCGCCACCACAGAAAACCCUUCGUUCCAUGUAAAUUCUGCCCUUCUUAGUCGGUGCCACGUUGUAGUCUUGGAGAAGUUGAGUGUGGAGGAGGUGUCGACGAUUUUAAUGAAUGCUGUGGAAUAUUUGAAGCUUAAAUGCUUUUCUGAUGCCAUUGAAAUCGACAAAACUGCACCCGGUCUUUAUCAGAUUUCAAGCUGUCCAGGAAGACCCAAUAUCUGGAUCAACAAUAAAGUUAUUGAAGAAAUUGCUUUCCUCUGUGACGGAGAUGGCCGCGUUGCUCUCAACUGCCUCCAGAUGGCAGUGCAGAGUCAAACACAGAAGAACGAAACUGACGCCAACGAGGCUUCUCCGACCAUCAUCAAUGUUGACUGCGUGAAGGAAAGCCUGGAACGCUCUUGUAUUCUCUACGAUAAAAAGGGUGAAGAACAUUACAACUGUGCAUCGGCACUGCAAAAAUCCAUCCGUGGAUCCGACCCGGAUGCGGCGCUGUACUGGAUGGCACGGAUGCUCGAAGGAGGUGAGGAUCCGCUCUUCAUCGCACGACGAUUGGUGCGAACUGCUUCAGAAGACAUAGGAUUAGCUGAUCCUCUUGCCUUGACCCAAGCCGUCGCUGCGUUUCAAGCAACCAAAUUCAUUGGAAUGCCAGAGUGUGAUGUCAUCUUGGCCCAGUGUGCCGUGUAUUUAGCUCGUGCCCCGAAGUCCGUUGAAGUGUAUUCUGCAUACCUGAAAGCCAAACGAAGCAUUGUUGAGCACAGGGGCCCCCAGCCAUCCGUGCCCCUCCACUUGAGAAAUGCAACAACUGGCCUCAUGAAGUCUCUCGGCUAUGGGAAAGGUUACGUACCCCAUGCACCCGGGAAUCCUGCUCUGUCAUACCUACCUUCUGAAUUAUCGGACAAGAAAUUUCUAGAAUGAAGACAACAACAA